CCCUCUUAGGCCACCAUCGCUGUUCUUAUGAUUGACAACCGGAAGAAGGCUAGUCCUUUUCCCCGCAGACUUCAACAUGGCCAGAGGACCGAAGAAGCACCUGAAGCGCGUCGCAGCGCCGAAGCACUGGAUGCUGGACAAACUCACCGGAGUGUUUGCUCCUCGUCCUUCCACCGGUCCACACAAGCUGAGAGAGUGCCUGCCCCUCAUCAUCUUCCUGAGGAACCGCCUCAAGUAUGCCCUGACUGGGGAUGAGGUCAAGAAGAUCUGCAUGCAGAGGUUCAUCAAGAUCGACGGCAAAGUCCGCACUGAUGUCACCUACCCUGCAGGUUUCAUGGAUGUGAUCAGUAUCGAGAAGACUGGAGAGUACUUCCGUCUGAUUUAUGAUGUGAAAGGGCGUUUUACCGUCCACCGCAUCACAGCCGAGGAGGCUAAGUACAAACUGUGUAAGGUGAAGAAGAUCAUCAUUGGCACCAAAGGAAUCCCUCACCUGGUGACCCACGACGCCCGCACCAUCCGCUACCCAGACCCUCUCAUCAAGGUCAACGACACCGUCCGCAUUGACCUGGAGAGUGGAAAGAUCACCGACUUCAUCAAGUUUGAUACUGCGAACUUGUGCAUGGUGACAGGUGGUGCUAACUUGGGUCGUAUUGGUGUGAUCACCAACAGGGAGCGCCAUCCCGGCUCCUUCGACGUGGUCCACGUCAAGGACAGCACAGGAAACAGCUUUGCCACUAGGCUGUCCAACAUCUUUGUCAUCGGAAAGGGCAACAAGCCGUGGGUGUCCCUGCCCAGAGGAAAGGGAAUCCGUCUGACCAUUGCUGAGGAGAGAGACAAGAGACUGGCUGCUAAACAGGGCAGCAGUUAAACCUGAUGUGACUCUGAUUCUUGAUAAAUAAACAAACACACACACCUGA